UUGAAUACUGACAGGAUGACAGUAAUCAAAUUGUUGAUUCAACUUUUAUUGAUUUUUGUCUUAUGUUUUUCUAGCUAGAAGACAUUAAAUCUAAGGUAGGAGAGAUAAAUAUAUUAAUAUAUAUGUGACAUAAGUUUUAUUUUACAAUAUUUCAAAGGACAAAUUUAUUCACACUUUGAUGAAAUUUGUUCAGCCACAACUUAAAUGAUGAUGAAACCCUGUCUGGUAUUUGAUAAUUGUAUUUUAUUUUUGGUCACUAAAUUUAAUGCACAUACAACAUGAGAGUAAGAAUUGAAUGUGGCAUACUGACAUGGCGUUUAUGAAAUAUAAUCUCAGUUUUUCUUUUAAUUUUCAGCUGGCCAACCUCCAAACAUUGUUACAACAGCUUAACAGGGAUAAGAAGUCUGAUGUAACAACCCCCCUUCCACUGGCCACCGUGCCUCCCACUGAAUCUCAAAGCCAGGAAGGAGAGACAGAAAAAAGUGAAGAUGAUGAAGUCUAUAGUUUUUUAAAUAAACUAACUUCGGAAGAAGUUGCCCUCUUACAGGAUGUCAAAGAAAAGUUACAAACGGCUCGACAGUUGAUUAUAACAAAAGCAAUAACAGGCCAUAAUACAAAAGACAGAGAAGGUGAAAUUCUACAUGACGAUAGUACCAAGCCUGAGAAAGACAGUCAUGGUAGUAUCAAGACAGAUCCAAACAUUCCUCAAGUCCCUGCAAAUCCAACUGAGACCAAGGACAAAGGACAUUUUCUGGAUAAAGUUUGGUCAGAGAGUGAGCUUGGAAAAGUUGAAACACGUAAGGCAUAA